CGAUUCGGCGGCAGUGGCAGAAAGCAACGAUGGCGAAGCAUACGGAAGCGGCGAAGAUUCUAUGGGGGGAGAUGGAGGAGGACGACGGCGAGGAUCUGGACUUUCUUCUUCCGGAUAAACAGGUAAUAGGGCCAGAUCAGAACGGCAUAAAGAAAGUGAUAGAGUACAGGUUCAACGAAGACGGCAACAAGGUCAAGAUAACCACCACCACUCGCAUCCGCAAGCUCGCCAACGCACGCCUCAGCAAACGCGCCGUCGAGCGCCGCUCCUGGCCCAAGUUCGGCGACGCCGUUCAAGAGGAUGUCGGUAGUAGGCUCACCAUGGUCUCCACCGAAGAGAUCGUCCUCGAGCGUCCCAAGCCUCUUGGUGCAAAAACUGAGGAACCGACGGUGGCUGGAGAUCCAUUAGCUCAAUUUCAGAAAGGUGCUGUUCUUAUGGUCUGUAGGACUUGUGGGAAGAAGGGUGACCAUUGGACUUCAAGGUGUCCAUACAAGGAUCUUGCCGCACCAUCCGAGGGAUUUGUUGAUAAGCCUCCUGCGUCUGAUGCUGCCACUGCUGCUCCGGGUUCAACUAAGGGCGCAUAUGUGCCUCCCGGAUUGAGGGCCGGUGCUGAGAGGACUACUGGAUCAGACAUGCGGCGUAGGAAUGAUGAGAAUUCUGUGCGGGUCACUAACCUCUCAGAGGACACGAGGGAGCCUGAUUUGCAUGAACUGUUUCGCCCUUUUGGUGCUGUGAGCAGAGUCUAUGUUGCUAUUGAUCAAAAAACUGGUAUGAGCAGAGGUUUUGGCUUUGUUAACUUCGUUAACAGGGAAGAUGCUCAAAGAGCUAUUAGCAAACUCAAUGGAUAUGGCUACGACAAUCUCAUCCUUCGAGUUGAAUGGGCCACCCCAAGGACAAACUAGAUUUUGUUUUUAUUUGCCUUAUCCCUUGAAACCUGUCUUGAAGUUCUAUAUUUGGCAAGAGUAUUGUAUCAUCUACAUCUUUUGAGAAUUUUAUUUAAAUUUUCAAGAUCUCUUGCGAGGUUUUUUUGUGGUUCAUAAAUAUCAAUUUCCCCUUGCUGGUCAUUUUAUAAUAGAAAU